UACUUUUUCGACGAAGAUGAUGUUGAAGGUUUUUCUCACUUUCUCUCUUCUUUUGGGGAUUCUGCUGGUUGCUCAAGCACAUGGAAAAGAAAAGGAGAUCGGCUUCUAUCAGCUCAAGAGAGGAGAUUUGAAGCUGAAUCUGACCAAUUAUGGUGCAACAGUUGUUUCUGUCAUAGUUCCUGAUAAACACGGGAAUUUAGAUGACAUCACUCUUGGCUACGAUGACAUCGAGCAAUACAAGAAUGAUUCAUGGUACUUUGGAGCACUUAUUGGACGUGUGGCAAAUAGAAUUGGACAUGCACGGUUUACAUUGGACAGGCAUACCUACAAAUUGCCUGCUAAUGAUCACGGAAACACACUCCAUGGUGGUUUCACAGGGUUCAGUGAUGUUAUCUGGACAGUAAAAGGUCACAAGGAAGACAGUUACAUAACAUUUACCUAUGACAGUCAUGACAACGAACAAGGGUUCCCAGGAAGAGUUGAAGUAGCAGUGACAUACAUGCUGAUUGGCAGAAACAAAUAUGCUGUGAAAAUGAUUGCUAAGCCAGUAGACAAAGCCACACCAGUGAACCUAGCACAACAUACAUACUGGAAUUUGGGAGGGCAAAAGAGUGGUCAUGACAUUCUAUCACACAAAGUUCAAAUUUUUGGGUCAAAGAUCACAGCAGUGGAUGAGAAUCUGAUCCCCACAGGAAUAUUAGAAUCUGUGAAGGGCAGCCCUUAUGAUUUCCUUAAAGCAAGGACAGUUGGAAGUAGAGUGAAUGAACUUCCAGGGUUGUAUGACAUAAACUAUGUGAUUGAUGGAGAUAAGUCUAGGCAUUUGCAGAAAGUGGUGACAGUGAGAGAAGAUGUGUCUGGGAGGAAACUGGAGUUAUGGUCAAACCAAGUUGGUCUGCAGUUCUAUACUGGUGGCAUGUUGAAUGCUACAAAGGGUAAAGAUGGAGCUGUUUAUGAUAAGCAUGCUGGCAUUGCCUUGGAGACACAGGGCUUACCUGAUUCUCUCAAUCAUCCUAAUUUUCCAUCACAGAUUGUUCAUCCUGGUCAGACAUACAAGCAUUACAUGCUCUACAGAUUCACAGCUUGCUGCUAAUUUCAUCAUUCAUUAUUUCUUUUUAGCUUUUCUUUUCUUAUGUUAUUUUUUUCAUUUUUCCUCUUUAUACUAUAAACAAUAUUUGUUUU